CGCGCGCAGUGUAGACGCCGGUGGCUGGUUGUGGUGGUGGAAGUAUUUUUGUGACUGAACAUCAGAAGAGAGGAGGCGGAUGAUCCACCGGCUGGUCUGUGUACGCUGAAUGGAGGUCUAUCCUCCCGUAAGUGAAAGGAUGAUGGAGGCUUGGCUUGACGACAACCUAGAGUUCGCACAUUCUUAUUUUGUACGAAAGGCUUCUCGGGAAAUGGUCAAUGCUUGGUUUGCUGAGCGUGUCCACUCCAUUCAGCCGUCUAGGGAAGGAUCAAAUGCCCCGACAGAACCUUUAUCGGCCCUCCAUCAAACUGAUGCGCCAUCUCCAAGUCCAGCUCCCUCCACCCCUACACGAAAGAUCUCGGCAUCGGAGUUUGAUAGGCCGCUUCGCCCCAUUGUUGUGAAAGACGCUGAGGGUUCGCUUACUUUUCUUAGUGACACAGAAAGGGUGCAGAUGCUACUUCCUCCACCCCAGCGGCCUGGCUUUGGCAACAAGACAGAUGAGGGUGGAGGUAUUAUGAAUUCAGGAGUUCACGAAUAUGGGGACCGCUGUGCUCGUCUGCUGGAGCUUAUACGUGAUGUUUCAAGUCACUUGGACCUUACUGCCCUCUGCCACAAGAUCUUCUUACACACUCAUGAGUUGAUCGCUGCAGAUCGUUAUUCGUUGUUCUUGGUUGGAGAGGAUAGUUCAAACAGGAAGUUCCUGGUUAGCAGACUCUUUGAUGUCGCAGAAGGAUCCACUCUUGAGGAGGCUUCCAACAGUGGUAUUCGCCUAGAAUGGAACAAAGGAAUUGUGGGAUAUGUGGCAGCCACCGGACAGCCUCUGAACAUCAAGAAUGCAUAUGAGGAUCCACGUUUUAAUGCAGAAGUGGACCAAAUUACAGGAUAUAAGACGCAGAGCAUCUUAUGUUUGCCCAUCAAAAACCACAGAGAAGAAGUUGUUGGAGUAGCGCAAGCAAUCAAUAAAAGGUGUGGAGAGAACAGUGCCUUCACAGAACAGGAUGAGAGGGACUUUUCUUCAUACCUGGCUUUCUCUGGCAUAGUGCUACAUAACGCACAGCUCUAUGAGACAUCACAGCUGGAGAACAGGCGAAACCAGGUGUUGUUGGAUCUGGCUAGCCUGAUCUUUGAGGAGCAGCAGUCUUUGGAGGUCUUACUGAGGAAAACUGUGGCCACUAUCUUGUCUUUCAUGCAGGCCCAAGAAUGCACAAUCUUCAUUUCUGACAGGGAAACAGCUAACACAUUCUCCAGUGUGUUUCACAUGGAAUAUGAGGAGCUUGCAGGAUCUGUGGACUCAAACAGAGAAUGUGAUCUCAACAAGAUUAACUAUAUUUAUGCCCAGUAUGUGAAGAACACUAUGGAGCCACUGAACAUUGCAGAUGUCACUAAAGACCAGCGAUUUCCAUGGACAAGUGAAAAUCUACAAAACUCAAAUGGUCAAAUCAAAAGUCUGCUGUGCAAUCCAAUAAGGAAUGGGAAGAAAGACAAAGUGAUAGGUGUCUGCCAGUUGGUCAAUAAGAUAGAUGAAGCUUCGGGGGAAGUAAAAGCCUUUAAUAGGAACGAUGAGCAGUUUCUAGAGGCCUUUGCUAUCUUUUGUGGGCUGGGGAUCCAGAACACACAGAUGUAUGAGGCAGUGGAAAGAGCAAUGGCCAAGCAAGAGGUCACACUUGAGGUCCUCUCUUAUCAUGCCUCAGCUGCAGAGGAAGAGACACGAGCGCUCCAGGUAACUGCGGAGGCUACGAUUCCCUCCGCUCAAUCUCUCAGACUGUUGGACUUCAGCUUCAGUGAUUUUGACCUGAAGGAUGCUGAGACGACCCAAGCAACAAUCCGCAUGUUUGUGGACCUCAAGCUUGUGCAGAAUUUUCAGAUGAAGUACAAGAGUUUGUGUCAGUGGAUCUUAAGCGUAAAGAAGAACUACAGGAAGAAUGUGGUCUACCACAACUGGCGACAUGCCUUCAACACCUCCCAGUGCAUGUUUGCUGUGCUGAAGUCUGGGCGGUUUCAGAGUAAUUUGAGUGAUUUGGAGGUUUUAGCUUUAAUGAUUGCAACACUGAGCCAUGAUUUGGAUCAUCGAGGUGUCAACAACUCCUACAUCAAAAGAAGCGACCAUCCACUGGCCCAGCUGUACUGCCACUCCACGAUGGAGCACCAUCAUUUUGACCAGUGUCUUAUGAUUCUCAACAGUCCAGGUAAUCAGAUUCUGAGCGGUCUUUCUCUGGAUGAGUACAAGGCAACACUGAAGAUGAUUGAGAAGGCUAUUUUGGCCACUGACCUGGCUCUCUACAUGAAGAAGAGAACAGAAUUCUUUGAGCUGGCUAAGAACAGUCAGUUUGUAUGGGAGGACGGAUAUCACCGAGAUCUGCUAAGGUCGAUGCUGAUGACAGCAUGUGAUAUCUCUGCUAUUACAAAACCCUGGCCAGUACAGAAGAAGAUAGCAGAACUGGUUGCCACAGAGUUCUUUGAACAAGGUGAUAAGGAGCGGAGAGAGCUAAACAUCGAACCUAUUGAUCUGAUGAACAGGGAGAAGCAGGAUAAAAUUCCCAGCAUGCAAGUGUCUUUCAUUGAUGCCAUUUGUACACAGUUAUAUGAGGCGCUGACGGGUAUCUCCGAGUACUGUUCUCCCCUGCUGGAGGGAUGUAGGAAGAACAGACAGAAUUGGAAGCUGCUGGCUGAGCAAGGAGAGGAAGCUUUGCUGAAUAGAGGACUGUAGCAUUUCCUCUGGCAUGCAGACGUCCUAGGACAACAUUCCCUGCCCAUUUCUCAGAGACUAAAGGAUUAAAAGACCCUGAAGCACACUGAAGCAGUUUUUUUGAAAAUGCAAGGUUGGGUUAUAGAUGCAUCAGAAUAAAGUGCAUUUAUGAGCAGUGUAUAGCUGUGCUGUAAUAGACUUUAUGAAGGAAAGAAGGAUUAAUGGAUCUUUACCUGUGCAUGUAAUUCAUCUGAUGAAGAAAUGCUUUAAAACUGUGAUUAAAUUAUCUUGACUCGUUAAAGGAAUGUUCCAGGUUCAAUACAAGUUCUGUCCAAAGCAUUUGUGACAUGCUGUUAACAAAGAAAAUCAUUUCAACUCAUCUGUGAAUUUGUAAAAACAAACAAAAAUGAAAUUUACUGUAACACACAUACACACACACAAUAGAAUUUUAAGAGGUAAGAUUCCCAAGUCAUAAGUGUACAAGUUGUAUGAUAUUAUUACAGAGACACAUUUAGCUAGCAGUUCUAGCAUGUUAGAUUUACGUGUACCAUGUAAUGUUUAUCUUUUAGCUAUUCCUUUGAAAAGCAUGUACUGUAUUCUUACAUUUAUACUAGUGCUGUGCCUUUUCUCACAGAUUUUCUAAUUCCAGUUUAGCGGUUUUAAUCUUUCUUGUUUUAUAACAUUUCCAACCUAUUUUACAUGGUAAUCAACAGCAAAUCAACUUGGACUGAGCCAAGGACAUUCCUUAUUCUUGUAGUCUGUUAUUCUUUUGUGCAGCUCUCUUGCUGAAUUAGCCUACUGAAAUCCGCACACAAAAUCUUAUUUUGCUACACGGUCAUUUUUCACCGUAUAACCACUUCCCAAAUCACUUUGUGUUACACCAUUAUACCAUGCUAUAGAUUUUUUUUUUUUUUCACCUACAUUACAUAUAAAGAACUCAAUAGCCUGUAAGAUGUCAACUUAUUUAUUAUCUGCUACACAAAUGUGUUAAAAUCCUUGACAAUUUUGGAGUAUGAUGGAAAUAAGAUGUCUGUAGAAAUCACUGUGUGCCCAUUUGGCAUGUCCAAAAAGAAACCUGUUCCACACCUGA